GGGUUUAGUCGCAGCCGUGUACACACUUAAUUCGCAGCAAACAUAGGCAGAAUUGUCUUGGAAACUGCAAUUACAUUAAUGCAAGCGUCGAUUGCACGUCGGCACUUCCAGGGAAAGCUUGCUGGCCGCUGUCCAUCGUGCAAGCCUAGGGUAUUACCAGUUGCAGCAAUGACUACUCCCAGCAAAAUCCAUUUCGCGACUGGGAAUAAGAAGAAGCUCGAGGAGGUGAACGCCAUUCUUGCAGCUGGCGCCGAGCUGCCCUUUGAGGUUGUGGCGGCUAAGCUCGACUUGCCUGAGCUGCAGGGUGAGCCGGAGGAGAUCUCCAAGGAGAAGUGCCGCAUCGCAGCCAAGCUGGUCGGCGGCGCGGUAAUGGUUGAGGACACGUCGCUGUGCUUCAAUGCAAUGCACGGGCUGCCAGGCCCCUACAUUAAGUGGUUCCUGGAGAAGCUGGGGCACGACGGCCUCAAUCGCAUGCUGGCUGGAUUCGAGGACAAGUCCGCGUACGCGCAGUGCAUAUUCGCCUACACGCCAGGGCCGGACACGGAGCCCAUUGUGUUCGUGGGGCGGACUGAGGGGCGCAUUGUGCAGGCGCGCGGCCCCACCGACUUCGGCUGGGACCCCGUCUUCCUGCCCGACGGCUUCACCGACACGUAUGCUGAGAUGGACAAGACAACGAAGAACACGAUCUCCCACAGGUACCGGUCACUCGACAAGCUGCGCACCUACCUGCUGUCGCAUGCCGCAAGCAAGUGAGCGGCGCACGGCACGCUCGUGGACAUAUGAAGGAGUCAGUGGUCUGGGUGGAUGGGUCCCAACGCUGUGAUGGUCUCGGGAACAUGGCUGGCUCGGCGUGCAGCACAGCGUGCUGCGCAUGAAGCGCUGCUUACCGUUGCAUGAAUGCUGAUGGUGGGGUUGCUAAGUGAGGACAACCCGUUGUGCGCAAAGGUAGCGGCAUGCGACGGGCAGCUAUCAGUAACGGAGUUUGCCGGCGGCGGGCUCGACGAAUGAAGGGGGCGGUCUGCGUGUCGCGGUGCGGUCUGCCACACAUCUUGCCGCGUGCGGAGCUGAAGUUAAGGAUACCCGAUUUGUGUUUGUACUCGUUGAACCACUUGCGAAUACCGGAAUACGUGCCAGCGCCCUCAGUGCCGAUGCACCUCUGCUCAUCGGACGCCGCCUCGACGAUUAUCUUUGCGCCUGUAAUGUGUAUAGCCUACUAAUACUUAAAACAGUGCACUGGCGGAAACUUCUGUCAUUUCAUCAGAAUGCGUCGUUCAAGGGCGUAGAGUCAACUCGCAGUCAACACGACGUGAAAGUGGGGGCACGACCAGCCCUCGUAUCGAUGACUAGGGUCGUAACAAAUGCAUAAAUUGUCGUGCAAAUGCUACAGUGGUUGCUUGGCCAACGCGGUAAGAGGCGGAGCUCCGAGCGCACGAGCCGCGAGGAAUGCGACGUUGCGGUUCCGCGAGCACACCAGGCCGUGCGCACGAGCCCCGCUACCGCAGGGACAGAUGCAAGUCGCAAACGCGCUUGCGAGCACCCGCUGCUUCAGCGCACUGGCAGGGCGCCCGGUGCCGACACGAGGGCGGACAGCCCCUCCCGGCGACACCACGACAGCGCUACUAACUUCACCCAGCGGCCCGCAGCCCCGGCCUCGCCGGUGAGUGCCUUCGCCAGGCCAGGGUAUCGGAGCAUUGCAGAUCCCACAAACACC